AUGUAAUUAGUAAGUUACAGUCCAAUUUGGGAAUCUGCAGCAAUAUAUUAUGGAAUCCCAUCUCAAGACUUAUAAUGGAUAGGGAAUAUGUAUUAUAUCACAUUUUUCGUCUUGGCUCCAUUUUGCAUAAAGCCAUUGUUAGUAAGAUUGGAUAUUAGUAUGCAUAUAAUUGGGGUUAUCAGUGCUAUAGGGUAAUAGUUUCAAAGUAUAAAAUAAAAGGGCAUGGAUAAUAUGGAUUGGAGGAUAAUCGUACUUAAUGACAAUGAUAGGGUUAUUCGUGAUUGGAAUAAGUGAUGCUAUGAUUUUGAUAGUCCCAGUUUGUAAUUUUAAUUGUAAAUAAGGGAAGUUCUAUCGGAAAAAUGGUUUACUGUAUACGAGAGAUUAUUGGCAACUAGUUUAGGCAGUUUCUUCUAAUAUGUUGGAAUGGCAUAUGCAUAUGCAUUUGCUUCAUUCUAUUUUGAUAUUUUGGAUGAGUAGAGUGUUAUAAAUAAGAAAAUUGAUGAGAUGAAUUUGAUGAUUGCAAUAUUUAAUACGGCUGGAGCUAUUCUUCUUUUGAUGUUUUUUAGGAAUAGGCCACCUCAUCCAGCUUCAAAUUCAGAUGUAUCAAUUAUAUUGGUAUACAAAGAAUAUAGUUAAAGAUUCUAUUUGGAAAUCAACAGUGAAGAUGCUUACAAUGGAAGAAUCAAUAAUUGAUGGAUUGUCUUUGGGAAUUUGUAAAUGCAUUAAAUAAUUAAUAGUUAUUGGAUUGGGUUGGGUGUACACAACCAUUAUAUCUUUUGAAUUGUAUCCUUUUGGUUAUACUCAAGUAUUUAAUUAAUUAGUAAAAUUAAGGCAGAAGUCGCAAUUAAUGGGACAGUAUAUCAAAUAUCAGGAGUAGCGGUGGGGUUAUGGGCUUCAAUAAAAUUGGAUUCUUAAGCUAAAUAGGGGAAGCAACCAGAUUAUGACAAAUACAUUAAGAUCUUUACAAGCAUAGGGAUGAUCACUUUGAUUUUAGAAGCAUUUAUCAUAGAAUAUGUAGAUUACUGGAUGUUGAUUUUCAUAAAUUUUGCUAUGGGAGUGGGUCUAAAUUCAUUUUACCCUAUUGCAAUAUAGUCUUAUGUUGAAAAACUCUACCCAGCUUCAGAAUUAGUUUUGGUUACUGGGUUGUUAUGUUUGGCGAAUGUAUAUAUUUAAAUAAAAUGGAAGAUGGUCGGAUUUGUGUUGAAUUACUUGAUAGUUUUGCCAGAAUUUGAAUAAUUUGGGUUGUGGAUGGGAUGCCUCAUAAUAACUCCAGGGUAUUUAUAUAUCUUGUUAAAUUAUAAAACAAAAUAUAGAAGGUUCGAAUAGGAAAUUUGAUAUUAUUUAAAUAUAUUAGUUUUUGUUUUAUGGAAAAUAAGCCAAUGCGAUUUUUUGGAACGACCUUAAACGUUUUAAUUUCUGUUUUUCUUGCUAUUGUGGAGUGUUUCAUCAAUAACGUCUCUGAUUCGAUUAUAAUAGACAUUGUUUUAAUUAUAUGUGGCACCUUUUUCUCAUGGAUUUUUAUCACUCAACAAUUAGGAUGGAAGAAGGGUAAACUUCAAUAUUACCUUUAGGAGAUAUCUCACCUUUCUUUUAUUGGGCUUUGGCAAUAAAAAGAUUAACUCUGGUUGGAAUAUACAGAAGUGAAUUCAUUUAUUUCAUAUUUGGUUUUUUAAAUGGAAUCUACUCAAGUAAACUAGAUGUGAAGGACAAAAAUAGGUAUUAUUAAAAAUUUAAAACUGCUUUUUAAGUGAUAUUGGCAUUAGGUUUAAUAAUUUUCAACUUCCUAACAAAUACAAUUGAUGAUCAAAUAGUUUUAAUUGUUAUUAAUAUAGGUCUUCUCGUUCUAUUAGGCAUAUAUGAUAAUAUUGAAAUUAAUCCUAAAGGUUCAAAAUAAGAUGGUUAUUCUACUGAUUAAAGGAAUACCUAAGCAGAAUUGAAAAAGUGUCAAACAAUUAUAUAAUAAAAUCAAUCAACUAAAUCAAUGUGGGAAUAAUUUAACGAUUUAACUGACGAUUGGAUUUGUAAAGUUGACAUCGUCAAAUCUGUUUUAAAUCGCAGUUGGGAAAGCAAAGAGUAAAGCUGUGUGUUAUAAAGAUUUUUAAAAGACCACAGAAUAAAUUUGUAAUAAUUUUUCAAUAAUCUUCUCAUUGUAAAUUCGUAAUCAAAUACAUCUCAAUCAUUUGUUACACAAUUUGAAUUAGAUGAAAGUAACACCUUUUUAGCAUGGAUAGAAAAGAAUUAUUUAUAAGAUAAUUUAAAUCAAAAAUAAAAUAUUGAAAAACAGAAAUAAUAUUUAGAUGGAUAGGAAUGUAAUUAAAAUUAGGAAGAGUAACCUUCAAUAAUAUCUCCUUAAAAUGACAGGAAGUAUAUAUUUUAGAAGGAUCGAUCUCAGGAUCUUUCUGGAUUAUUAGCUAUUCCAAUCAACAUUGAAUAAUCAGGGCCUACUAAUAAGUUAUAUUUGCAAUGUUAAUUAAGUCUGAAUUAAGUUAUAUAUAAUUUAAGUUUAACAGUAUUAUUAGUUGAAGAUGAUCGAAGUAAUGAAUAGAAAUAGUCAAUUAUUAUUCAAUUCAAAAAUAUUAAUAUGUUAAUCAAGAACGAAUUGUUAGAAUAAAAAAGUGCUAUCUUUUAUAGAUUUGUGGGUAAAAUGGCAAAUCUUUCAAGUCAAACCUUAAAGCAUGUUUAUCAAUUAAAAUAGUCCCUGUAACUACAUAUAAAGUAUGUAUCAUACAUUAAAUAAAAGAGAAUUUGAAAAGAUCAAGCAAAAUAGUUAUAAUUCUUUAUCAUUUUGUGAUGAUAAUGCAUUUAUUAAAUCUGACAAAAUAAUUGGAGACUUUAAACAAACACUUUUCAAUAUUCGAACCCAAUCUCCAGUAUAAAAUGCGUACAUCAAAGUCACCUCCUCCAAUAGUCAUAAUCAUGAGAAUUAAGAUGAGAACUUGUAAAAAUUAUCAAUUCUUUAUUUAUAAUAAUUAAAGGAAUUGCUUAAUUCUGUUGAAUAAUUAAGUUUCGACUUGUUAAUUACAGAAUAAAACAAUUUCAACUUCUAUGAGUUAUUUAGUACUCCUUAAUUAAAAAUUGAACAAUUUAACCUAUUAUAAACAUUUAAUAUUGUGAUUGAUAUUUUUAAGUAACACCUUUUCUUAAAAUAGCAUUACAUCAAUAUUACUUAAGAUUUAGAUAAUGAAUCACAAAUAAUAAUUUAAUCGGAUAAAAGAAAAAUUAAAUAAAUCUUAAUCAAUAUCAUUAACAAUUCCAUAUAGAAUUUUAAUACUAAUUUAAAUUUAACUUAAUAAGAAAAAUGCGAAAAUUUAUAAAUUCAUCAGAAUUCACCGAUUUACUAACAGGAACUAAAACAUUAGAAUUCCAUCAUUAUUAAAGCACAAAAUGAUGCUGAUAAGAUUACAAUAGAAAUCUCAGAUAAUGGAGGUGGUAUCAGUGAAGAUUAGUUAAAGAAUAGAUUAAAUGAAGGUAAAUUUGGAUUAGCAGCUUGUCACAAAUAAUUAAAAUAUCUGGGAUAUGAUUCUAGAAUACCUUUUGAAAUAAUUAACUAUUUAAAAAAAACAAAUGGAAUGCAAGGCAGUGUUAUUAAAUUUGUACUACCAAAAACAAGAGAGAAUUUUUAAUUAAACGAAGAUAGUAAAUACUCUGAAUCCUUGAGAGUUAGUAGAAGAAUAGACAAAAAUUGA